AUGACUUUUGAGCCUGCGACAGACAAGAAGCUCGACUCAGAGGUAUUGUCCAAAGAUGAUACAAUUUCAACCCACAUCGAAACGCCAACGCCACGGGACCUGAAGACAAGGAAAGUGCCAUGGUAUGCCUACAUCUGGGACUACGAACCAGAUCGCACGCACGAGGAGCGUGUAUUCGUCUCCAAACUCGAUGCCUACCUCAUCACCAUCCUAUCUCUGGGCUACUUCAUCAAGAACCUCGACCAGACUAACAUUAGUAAUGCCUUCGUGAGCGGUAUGAAGGAAGAUUUGGCCAUGAACGGAAACCAGAUCAACCUGGUUGAUACUGCCUGGACCGUUGGUUACGUUGUUGGUCAAAUCCCAAGUCAGAUCAUCCUCACAAAAAUCCGCCCCUCUGUCUGGGUGCCGAGCUGCGAGCUAGUCUGGACAAUGUUGACGUUCACACUGGCAGCAGCCAAGACUAGCAAUCAUGUUAUUGUCAUACGUUUCUUCAUUGGCAUUGCAGAAUCUAUCUUCUACCCGGCUGCGCACACCGUCCUAGGAGCUUGGUAUAAACCGAGUGAGCUCGGCAAACGGGCUUGCAUCUUCCACGCAUCGUCUGCCGUGGCUGCUAUGUUCUCAGGCUACCUCCAGGCUGCAGUCUACAAGGGCUUGAAUGGUGUUCACGGUUUUGCUGGCUGGCAAUGGCUCUUUAUUAUGGAUGGCAUCAUAAGUGCACCCAUCUGCAUUGCUGGAUUUUUUCUGCUGCCUGAUCUACCGGAGAAUACUCGCGCUUUCUACUUAAGCGAUAGUGAUCGAGCAUUAGCGAAAAGGAGAAUGGACAGCGUUGGUCGCGCCCCACGAAAGAAGCUUACUUGGUCUACAUUCCGGAGGAUCUUCAGUCGCUGGCACGUCUAUCUUUUGACGAUCCUUUACGUAAUCUUCAUCAACGUCAGCCCGUCCGGCAGCGUCAAUCCGUUCUCGCUUUGGCUGAAAGCUAAAGGGCUUCCGGUGUCCAAAAUUAAUAUCAUCCCAACAGGGAGUUCGGCAAUUCAGCUCGUCCUGACUGUUUCGUUCGCCAUCGUCUCAGACGCUAUCCGGCAUCGCGCGCGCAUCAUGUCAAUCAGCACUUUGCUCGGCGGUUUUUCUGCCCUUUGCCUGGCCAUAUGGAACAUACCGACCGGUCUAAAAUGGCUCUCUUUCUUCCUGCAACGUGCAUCCGUGCCCUACGGUCCACUGAGUAUGUCUUGGGCCAACGAGAUCUGCGGCGCAGAUGCUGAAGAAAGGACCCUCGUCAUCGGUAUCAUGAACUCCAUGGGCUACGCGUUCAAUGCCUUUAUACCACUUCUCACGUACCCGCAAACUGACGCACCGAAGUUUCGGAAGGGUUUUAUUUACUCGACUUGUGCCUUCGCCGCUCAAGGCUUAAUCACUGCAGUCGUCGCGUACAUGCAGAAGAAGGAUGCGAGAAAAGCAGGAAUAGCAAGUACAGGAGAUGAGGAGAAUGUCGACAAUGCAAUUUUGGUCGGUGCUACAAGGACAACAGACCUUUGA